UACAAAAAUAGAGAAAGAGAAAAAAGAGCAUGCUAAACUGCAUGGGAUGAUCCGUACAGAAAUAAGUGGAGCUGAAAUUGCAGAAGAGAUGGAGAAAGAGAGAAGGUUCUUCCAGUUACAGAUGUGUGAGUACCUGCUGAAAGUCAAUGAAAUCAAGAUUAAAAAAGGAGUGGACUUGCUUCAGAACUUGAUCAAGUAUUUUCAUGCUCAGUGCAAUUUCUUUCAGGAUGGGUUAAAAGCAGUGGAAAGUCUCAAGCCUUCAAUUGAGACACUCUCGACAGAUCUUUAUACAAUUAAACAAGCACAAGAUGAGGAAAGGAGACAAUUAACACAGCUUAGAGAUAUUUUAAAAUCAGCACUCCAGGUUGAUCAGAAAGAGGAUUCUCAGAUUCGUCAGAGUACAGCUUACAGUUUACAUCAGCCUCAGGGAAACAAGGAACAUGGCACUGAACGAAAUGGUAGUCUGUACAAGAAAAGUGAUGGAAUCAGAAAAGUGUGGCAGAAAAGGAAGUGCUCAGUUAAAAAUGGUUUUCUUACAAUUUCCCAUGGUACAGCUAACCGACCCCCGGCAAAGCUCAAUCUGUUAACCUGCCAAGUGAAAACAAACCCAGAGGAGAAAAAAUGUUUUGACCUCAUAUCACACGACAGGACGUACCACUUUCAAGCAGAGGAUGAACAGGAAUGUCAAAUAUGGACAUCUGUGCUACAAAACAGCAAAGAGGAAGCUUUAAAUAAUGCAUUCAAAGGAGAUGAUAACACAGGAGAAAAUAAUAUUGUCCAGGAACUGACAAAAGAAAUUAUAUCUGAAGUCCAGAGGAUGACUGGAAAUGAUGUGUGUUGUGACUGUGGAGCACAAGAUCCUACCUGGCUUUCAACAAAUUUGGGAAUUCUAACUUGCAUUGAAUGUUCAGGAAUCCAUAGAGAACUUGGUGUUCACUAUUCCAGAAUGCAGUCACUUACAUUAGAUGUGCUGGGAACAUCUGAACUUUUGCUUGCAAAGAAUAUUGGGAAUGCUGGGUUUAAUGAGAUUAUGGAAUUCUGUCUGCCAGUUGAUGAGAUGGUCAAACCUAAUCCAAGCAGUGAUAUGAAUGCAAGAAAAGAUUAUAUUACUGCCAAGUAUAUUGAGAGAAAAUAUGCAAGGAAGAAGCAUGCUGACAAUGCAGCUAAAUUGCACGCUCUCUGUGAAGCAGUCAAAUCAAGAGACAUUCUUGGAUUAGUCCAAGUAUAUGCUGACGGCGUGGAUCUCACAGAAAAAAUUCCACUGGCCAAUGGCCACGAACAAGACGAAACAGCACUUCACCUUGCUGUUAGGUCAGUUGAUCGAACAUCCCUUCAUAUAGUUGACUUCUUAGUACAGAACAGUGGCAAUCUAGAUAAGCAGACAUGUAAAGGUAGCACGGCCCUGCAUUACUGCUGUCUGACGGACAACGUUGAGUGCCUCAAGCUGCUGCUGAGAGGGAAGGCUUCUAUUGAAAUAGCUAAUGAAUCAGGAGAGACGCCACUCGAUAUAGCUAAACGUUUGAAACAUACUCACUGUGAAGAGUUGCUUACUCAAGCGCUGUCCGGAAGAUUUAAUUCUCAUGUCCAUGUAGAAUAUGAAUGGCGGUUACUCCAUGAAGAUCUGGAUGAAAGUGAUGAUGAUAUGGAUGAAAAGCUGCAGCAACCCAGUCCCAAUCGGAGAGAGGACAGGCCUGUCAGCUUCUACCAACUUGGAUCAAACCAACUUCAGCCUAAUGUAGCAUCCUUGGCAAGAGAUGCAGCAAACAUUGCUAAGGAUAAGCAAAGAGGAUUUAUGCCAAGCAUCUUACAGAAUGAAACAUACGGAGCAAUACUCAGUGGCAGUCCACCUCCCAUUCAGCCUGCAGUGCCUGUUACGAGUAGUGCACCUCCUCUACCUCCAAGGAAUAUUGGCAAAGUUCAGCCUUCAGUUCUUGGCAGUGGUAUUCAGACAAUUUCUUCAUCUAAUGCAAUGUGGAAGACAAAUUCUUUAGGAGUGGAAAGUAUAAGCAGGCAGAGGUCUUCAUCAGAUCCACCAGCUAUUCAUCCCCCUGUGCCGCCAUUGCGUGUAACAUCUACAAAUGUGCUUUCUCCAGCACCACCGCCUCCCGUGGCAAAGACAGCCAGCAUUAUAGAAGCUUUGAACCAGCAGUCUAAACAGCAACCAGCUCCUCCACAAACCAAGCCAACCCCACCACCACUGCCCCCACAACCUCCUAGUAGAAUCUCUCAAAGAAAGCCUAUUCCUGGGACUGAGAAGCCAUCUGGCAUAACUAACAAAGGGCAGUCCAGAGGACUUGGGUCUGUACAACAAACUGCAGCAGGAGAGUCGUCUUCUGUAUGUGAAAUUCCAGUAACACAAACCAGUUCUGCAGCAAAUACUUUGGCACAAAUCCAGCCACCAGCACCAAUGCCAAGGAAAUCACAAAUCUCAAAAACUAAACCCAAGAGAGUAAAAGCAAUUUACAACUGUGUCGCAGAUAACCCAGAUGAGCUAACUUUUUCAGAGGGAGAUAUUAUUGUAGUCGAUGGUGAAGAAGAUCAAGAGUGGUGGAUUGGUCAUAUUGAUGGAGACCCCAGUCGGAAAGGAGCAUUCCCUGUCUCAUUUGUGCACUUUAUUGUUGACUAAAUUGCUACUGAUAAGUGGAGACAUUUCUCAUUUCCAGCGGUCACAGAAAUAAGUUUCGCUCUAUUUCAUUUCACCUGCCUAUCAGCAGACACCUUGCCAGAGCACUGCCCGAGUCCUAGGUACUGUAGCUUACUUUUUUAUUGCCAUCGUUCUGAUUUGGGGACUUCUAAAACUUUUUUCUAUGUGAAAACGUCUCAUGAGCAGUUUACACUUU